GCUGAGUUUAAAAGUUUCCAUCAAAUUUUUUUAUUGAUUGGUAGCAAUGUUUAAAAUAGAGGGAAAACAGCCGUUACAAACAGAAAACAGAUGAAUAAAGAGUAUCGUAGGCAUUCAUAACAAUUUUGUGUAUAAUAAAAAGUUCUAUUGAUAUUCAACCAAUUGUUUGGUUUAUUUUAUUAUUUAAAAAACAUUAAUAUUAGUCGAAUUAACGCUUAAUAAGUGAAAAAUUAAAUUGAUAACAGAUUUCCAUCGGAUUCUCUUUUCGAUCAAUCAAUAUUACGUAAAGUGAUAAUGUCAAUGGAUAGUGGGCUCGGUGAAUGUACUCCUAAAAGGGUUCAGAAGAGGCUGUUUAGUCAAAAUGUAAGUUGCAGUAAGAAAAAUUUAUUUCAAACUGAAAAAUUUACCAAACGAAAUGGAGAAUCAUCAGGUGAAGAAUCAGAUUUGGGUCCAAUGUCGCCUUUGCAAAGAUCUGAUAAUAGUGGCAGUGAAUCUUCCCCAGGAAGACAGUAUGACUCACCUUUUACAACCCCUGAUAAUUCGCCACAGGUCAAAUACCUUACCUGGGAUCGACUAAGAGUUUCGUCUAACCUAAAAAAGUCAGGUCUUUCACCUUUUAGUUCUUUAAAAAGAAUAACUAAAGAAGCACGAUCCACUCCACGAAGGAGAAUAUUUUCAAACUCUCCAAAGUCAAAUCCUAUAACACCAAAUAAAAAAAAUCCAGAUCAAGAAAAUUUUAUUCCUAGUACUCCGAAACAAACAGGACUUGAAAUGAAUGAUGAUAUAGUACCAGAGACUCCACAGAAAUCAGAAACACCACAAAAAGAUAAUUUUUCGGAGCGCAGAUUAAUAACUCCACUUGGUUCUGUUUGUAAACAAAUUGUUAUACCACCUUUGCAUCGACGAAAAUCAAUCUGUACUACUGAAUCAACUGAAGAAUCAUCUCCAGAGCCGAGAGACAAUUCAAAUAAAAGACAUGCUAAUGAAUUUUUACAUCACACUGGUACAAAAAUAUCAAAGAUUGAUGAUGACUAUUUUAUUCCUAAAGCUAGAGCAUCAUUAUUUCAAGAAGAUAAAAACAAAUCUCCACAAUUCGCACCUCUAAGUACUAAAUCAUUUUAUAAAAAUAAUAAUAGUGAUAGAAGGGUAUCUUUUGGCUUUGGAUGGAAGGCUGUUGGAAAUGAAAAAGAAAGAAAAAAAAGACACAGUUUACCUUCUAAACCACAUAGACAUUCUACUGGUUCUACCAAACGAUCCAAGUUUGGUUUAAUAAACGCAGGUGUAAAGCAUGGUAUUAAACGUCCUAAACCAAAACGUCAAAAUCAAAAUGAAUCAUUUGAGAAAAAAUAUAAACCUCCAAAUGAUAAUAGUUCAAUAAAUAAUCAAAGUAAUAAUGAACUCAAAGAAAAUGAUAUACCUAUGGAAACAUCCAAUAUUCUAAACCCAUCCUCCUAUUCCUCAAAGGCUAAGGAGACUCAACCGAUUGUAGCAGAUCCCAAUAAAAAAUUCUUCAAAUAUAAACGAACUACUGAACUAUCUCAUCAAGCAAACAUAACAGUCAACGACAAAAUUAAAUUAAAGGUUUCAGGUGGUAAGAUCAUUCGUCAGCAAAAGAAAGACCAAGUAAAAGAACCUGCAAGUAAAAAACCAAAAUUGGAUCCAGUUGUUUUCGAUACAACAGAUUUAAAUGUCGAUGAUCAAGAUCUUAAAGAUACAGUAAAUGAUAAGGAUGUAGCAAAUCUUUUGAAAAUUUUGGAAGAUGACUGGGCUGAUGAUGAUUACGAUAUUAUGGAACCAGUAACAAUUACAAUCACUCGAUCUCCAUUAAAGGCAGCAUCACUUAAAAAUGAUAGUAUUCCUAUGUCUCCUGCAAGUGUUUUAAGUACUAUGACUUCAUCAAUGAAUAUUGAAGAUCAAAAUAGUUUAAAAAAUUUUACAAAUAAAUUAGAAUCAAUUGAAAGCCAAGAAAAUUCAAAUAAAGUUGAUGAUGAAAAUAGUAAAAAACUAUUUCCAAUAUUUGAUAAAGGUUAUUCAAGCAACUUGAGUACUUCUGAAAAUAUUGAGAAAAAGGGAAAUCGUGGUAUUAAACGAUCUCAUGCAUGGCAACUAUCAGUCAAAACCAAUGGUGAUAGCACCCAAUAUCAGCUAGAUGUAGGACAAAAACGUUUUGGUACUAUACAAUGCUCGGAAUGUAAUGUUAUUUAUCAAAUCGGUGAGCCGGAAGAUGAGAAUGCUCAUUUAGUUUUCCACAAUAAUGUAAGAAAAUUAAGAUUCAAUGGAUGGAAAAACGAGCACGUCGUCUAUGAAAAUCCAUUCACUCGCAGCCGUGUAAUUACAGUCGAGCCAACUGACCCUAAACACUGGUGGAACAAAGUUGACGAAAUUCUCACUAUUGUUGAUCAAGAUUUAGGAUUAGAUAAUAUAAAUUUAACUGAUCAUCAAGGCAAAAGAGUGUACCUGUAUAUACAAGAUAAAAAUAUUAUUGGUAUUCUUGUAGCAGAAUCUAUAAAAACUGCUCACCGUAUGAUACCUGAAUUAUUUGAUUUAAAUUGCUGUGAAGAAGAUGAAACUACAGCCAAAUGUGGAGUGUAUGUUAUUUGGGCAGCACUAAGUCAUCGUAAACGAGGAAUUGCUAGAAAACUCAUGGAUAUACUUCGAUCUCACUUUUAUUAUGGAUACAUUAUGAGUAUAGAUGAUAUUGCUUUUUCUAUACCAACACCAAGUGGCAGAAUUUUUGCUGAAAAAUACGUGGGAAAUCGACGCUUCAAAGUCUACAGUUAGUCAAAACAUUUAUUCAAUUUAAUCAAAUUAAAACAUUUUUUUAUUAUCUUUUGUGGACGUCAUUUAUUGAUUAUUUUUUUUUUACCCUUACAAAAAAAAAUUUUCUUUUAAUUUUUCUCUGUCAGUGAUUUGAAUUAAAAUAAAUAUCUUUCCGUUUUUCACAAAUGUAAUAUGCUUGUUUUUUAUAUAACAAUAAACUAUAUUACUUUUAUUUCA